AUGGGCGUUGGCGUCAGCGCCUGCAAGGGCCUGGUCCACCCUCAGGCGCAGGACCCGACCAGCGGGGAGCCCGAACGAUCACUGUCCACGGUGACUCGCCUCCCCUUCCUGUCGGCCUUUGAGGACCGCCCUCCGUUCAAGCCCAGCGAGGCGCUCUCGGAAAGGGAUGCGUCUCUGCUCAAAGCUCUAACUCACCAUCGCACCCCCUUCGCCGCAGUCGAGACCGACUCGACCGACCUCAACAUUAUCUACGCCAGCGGCGGCUGCGUUGCCGGCAUGGGCAUGCCGGCGGAGAACAUCGAGGGCUCCAGCCUGGCCGGGGUGUUGAAGAAGGGGAUCAAGAUGCUGGAUGAAGAUAUCGCGCGAUUGGAGGUGGCUGUUCGAGCAAAGGAGCCGUACCGAUUCCGACGCGCAUGGACGUGCCUCAAACCUUCCUCGGUAUGGAGCCUGUUCACGCCGUACAAGACCCUCUGCGAGGCAGAUGCGGGACUCAUCCACGCUUUGCAAGACAGAAGGGAGAUGUUCUGCAUCACGGACCCAGAUCUUUACGACAACCCCAUCAUUUUUGUUAGCGAUGAUUUUGUGGAUAUGACGGGGUACGAUCGCGAGGAGAUCAACGGCAUCAACUGCC